AGGACACAUUACCUCCGACUGAAUUUACCCCUCUCCCCCCCAGUGGCGCUGGACCAACGGCAACACCCUUUUAUAGCAGUACAACACCAUUUCUCCAACCCAUAGUGUGCUCAUCCUGUCCAGCUCCGACAACACCAAAAAUGUCUGUGUACACCAUCUUUGGCGCCACUGGACUCCAGGGCAAGUCAGUCGCCCUCACUCUCGCCGAACAUCUGGGUCCAAAAGCUCACAUUCGCGCCAUCACCCGUGAUCCCACCUCGACGCGGAGUCAGCAACUCAAAGACACAGUCACGUCUUUGGGCGCUCAACUGACGCUGGUCAAGCACGAUCUGAGCCAACAAACGACCGCCGCGCUCGAGAACGCGCUCCAGGGGACCGAGUACCUCUUUCUGAACAGUGACUCGUUUGCUCUGCGCGAAGAGGAAACGAGAAUCAUGCAAGAGGUCGUUGAUGCCGCCGUUGCGCUUCCCAAUCUUCGUCUUCUCCUCUGGUCCACGCUGCCCGAUGCCAGCAAGAUCUCGGGCGGCAAGUACACCGGUGUCAAACAUUUUCAACAAAAGGCUCGUGUCGACGAGCAUCUGCACCGCGUUGGUCAGAAGAUCGCCUGGGUCGGCUUGCAGCUCGGCUGGUUUGCCGAAAAUGUAGGAGACUACCAUCUUCUGACGGAAGAUGCCGACGGAACAGUCGCCUUCAAGUACGCAAUUGCCACAGCGGAGACGGCCGUUCCCUGGACCUGGAUCACAAAGGAGCUAGGGGUUGCCGCGCUAAAGCUCUUUGAAAAGAGUGCUACGGUAGAGGGCCUGCCAGAAGAUGUGCUCCGCAAGAGCCUGCCCGUUUGCGGCUGGCGAGCCACGUUUGGCGAAGUGGUGGCGGAAUUCGAGCGACAGACAGGCCGCAAGUACCGCUACGAGACUCUCGGUGGCUGGGGCAACCCGGAGUUGGAUGACAUGAACCGAUUCUUCCGUGACUUUGGCCUCUACGAAGAUUGGACCGUACCUGCAGAGCCACUUCGGAAGAUUGGCGUGCCCAGCCCGACCCUGUCGGAAUUUGUGAGCGACUAUCUCGUCGGCCACAAAGUGUAGAAGGAAACAUGCAGUCAUUCAUAAAUUCCGACAAGAUCUACCGGGAAAGAAUUAGAUCUACCGAGAAAGAAUAAGUUUGCCCUUAGGAAACCAUACAGUACAGUACAGUACAAGUACUGUACAGUACAUAUAGCAAUUUGCAUGAUUCGUGCCGUGCCGAGC